GCACAGGACAUCGAUUAGAAUUUACCCUGUUCUUGGUUGCUCUGUUCUUCCAUUCUUCUGAAUCUUCUUCUUCUUUUUCCUCUAUCCGGAUCGAUUCCUAGCUGUCUCAUAACAUUUGGUAUCCAGAGCUUUGUAUCCUCGAUUCCGCUGUGUUUUGCCUAAAUUUUGUUUUUUCGGACUCGCACUUCCGCCCUGACCUCGGCACCUCACUGGUGUGCUUGGUCGCUCCGCCGCGUUCACCCCGACCUCGGCGUCCACGCUCCGCCCACCAACUCCCAGUCGGCGGCGGCCACCGCAUAGCGACGGUUAGCUUCUCCAGCGCCGUCGGCCACUUUUCCUCGCGCCGCUUAGGUUCUAGUUUGGCGGAAACGCAUCCGCGGCCGCUCUAGCGUCGUGCAAGGCCUCCAAAUUCGAGAGCCUCGUCACCACAUCCAACGUCCUGCGACGACUCCUCCCCAGCCCCCGUCUCGGUGGAUCAACCCGUUUGACCUCAACACGGCUCCACAGUAGGAGGCGCACCCACCUGCGUCUUCCUGGGAGCGGCCCAGCGGGCACCACACCGACAUGAAUCACCGGGAUGCUGGCGGUGGGAUUCUCGGAUCCCGUCAGCCUCACCCGGUCACGAGUAUGUCCACUCAACCCUCCCUUGAAUUGUCGCUUGAUUCUCGCACUGGUUCUUCUCGCUUGCCUCAUCUCCCUAAAAUGGAAUUUCCCAAGUUCACCGGCGAGAACCCUAGGCUCUGGGUAGAUAAGUGCGAGACAUACUUUGAGCUGCUCUGUGUUAGCGGCAAUUUGAAAACUCAUUUCGCGGCUCUCAAUUUCUCUGGCUCCAAACUCUUGAGUUGCGUGGCCGAAUCACUAGUUGGGAUAAGUUGUGUCAAGCUGUUUGUGCACGUUUUGAUAAGGAUCAGUAUCAGAUCUCUCUCCGGCAUCUGGAUAAUCUGAUACAGACUGGCUCGGUUGCUGAAUAUUAUGAUACUUUCGAGCAGUUGUCUCACACCAUCUUACUUUACAACCCUUCUUAUGACGACAUAUACUUUGUCACACGUUUUCUCAGCGGUCUUAAGGAUGAGAUUCGCAUUCCUAUUGCUCUUCAUCGUCCUUCCAAUGUGGAUACUGCUAGUACUCUUGCUCUUCUACAGGAAGAAGAAUUGUUGAAUCAGCACAAGACCGGGCUUACUUGCUCUUCUAUACCUGAAUUCACCAAACAGGUGACCAAGACAGUUUCUCAUACUGGUAAACAGAAACCCAAAUUUGACAGCAAGAAACCAACUGAGGCCAAGCAACCAGAUAAGCUGGAAUUCUUAAUGGCAUACCGCAAACAAAAGGGUUUAUGUUUCAAGUGUGGUGAACCUUGGAACAAGCAACACAAAUGUCCUGCCCAGGUUCCAUUACAUAUCAUCGAGGAAUUGUUAGAAGUCCUUGAUUAUUCAGAUUCUGAUAUCUCUGAUGACACUGAGCUAGGUUCUCCAGCUGAGGAUUCCUUGAUGGCUGUGACAGCUACUCCGCAGAAAAGAAGAACAAUGCAAUUUAAGGGUUUGGUAGGCAAACAGGAAAUUCUCAUAUUGGUCGACUCAGUUGCUGAUGGAGCCAAAGUGCAGUGUACUAGCAUGGUUCCAGAUUUCCAGUGGUGGACACAGGGACAUUCAUUCACCCAAGAUGUCAGAGUUCUUGAUUUGGGAAGUUUUGAUCUCAUUUUAGGUGCUGAUUGGUUGGAGGACCACAGUCCUAUGUGGAUCCAUUGGAAAUUGAAGAAAAUGAGAUUCGCACAUAUGGGCAAGAUAAUAUUGUUAAGAGGCAUUCAUAAUGUUCCCAUUUCCUGCAAACCUAUUGGGAUCCAUAAACUCAAAGGUCUUCUUCGCAGACAGGCUGUAACACAUGUAAUUGAGUUGACAAAGGUGUUUAGACCUACUGCACAUUCUGAUGUCCAUCCUGUUCUUACUAUUGAUUCCACUCCUGACCACACUACAAAGCACCUUCCACCAGUCAUUCAGCAAGUCAUCCAAAGAUAUCCUGUGGUUUUCAGUGAUCCCAAUGAUUUGCCUCCUCCACGAAAAUGGGAUAAUACUAUUCCUAUGUUACCUGGUGCUACCCCAGUGCACACCAGGGCUUAUAGAUUCCCUCCUGAUCAGAAGGAUGAAAUAGAGAAGCAAUUAAAAGAUAUGAUCUCCAAAGGUAUUAUUCGGCCCAGUGCUAGCCCUUAUCCCUCUCCAGUGCUAUUAGUUCGAAAGAAAGAUGGAUCGUGGCAUUUUUGUGUGGAUUAUCGAAAAUUAAAUGCUCAAAUAGUAAAGAACAAACACCCAAUGCCAAUUGUUGAGGAAUUACUAGAUGAACUUGCUGGGUCUUCUUGGUUCUCUAAGUUGGACUUAAGGUUUGGUUAUCAUCAGAUUAGGAUGUCUCCAGCAGAUGUAAGCAAGACAACAUUUAGAACUCAUCAAGGCCUGUAUGAAUUCAUGGUUAUGCCAUUCGGCCUCACUAAUGCUCCAGCUACCUUUUAAGGCCUUAGAAAGGGUAAUUAGGGUUGGAUUGCAACUUUAUCGAGAAGGAAAGUUGUGAUCCAUUUUCUAAAACAUUUUGCAUACACUGAUCCUGCAUAUUAUACGCUUAGAGCCUGAAGUCGACAUCGUCGAAGUUAAGCUCGUCGAGACAUUAUCUGAGGAUUUGGAAGAGGAGAAAGGAAGUUGAUCAAGAGAAAGCUUGUACAAAAACUUCAAGUUGAAGCUUCACCUUCGAAUCGGAGCAAGACAAGCACCGAAGCAUCUACGCCUACUAAUUUCACUUAACUUAUGUUAUUAUUUAGAUGCUGCAUUUGAAUGCUUAAGUCUAAGAGUUAUUUGAAUACCCAUCUUAUGCACGUUUAACUUCCUUGACUUAAAAACAUCUAUGCCACCUUUCAACUAGUUUAGAUUCAACCCAGUUGUCUAAAAGUGUACUACUUUAAAAGCAAUAAUAGUCAAGAUACUAGCAA